CUUACUCCGCAAGGGCCUUUUUAUGCCAGCGUCGCAGAGGAGCGCGACGGGAACUUGAACGUCUCGCAACGCGCGCAGGCUUGGCGAGGCUUUUCCUGACCUGAGAGUGCUGCCGAGGAGGAGAAAAGGUGUAUUUAUAUAAACAGCAAGAUGGAUACAGACCUCUAUGAUGAGUUUGGGAAUUACAUUGGUCCAGAACUUGAUUCUGAUGACGACGACGACGAAAUGGGUCGGGAUUCGAAGGAUCUUGAUGAGCUCGAUGACGAUGACGACGAUGAUGAUAUGGGGGACCAUGAUGACGAUCACCAUGGGAUGGAUGUAGUGCUGCACGAGGAUAAGAAAUACUAUCCAACUGCAGAAGAAGUCUAUGGUCCAGAAGUGGAGACCAUAGUACAGGAGGAAGACACACAGCCUCUGACAGAGCCAAUAAUUAAGCCAGUGAAGACCAAGAAAUUCUCUCUUAUGGAGCAGACGUUGCCAAUCACGGUAUAUGAGAUGGACUUCCUAGCAGACUUGAUGGACAACUCCGAGUUGAUCCGGAAUGUUACACUUUGUGGGCACCUACACCAUGGCAAGACUUGCUUUGUCGAUUGCAUGAUUGAGCAGACUCAUCCUGAGAUCAGAAAGCGGUAUGACCAGGAUCUUUGCUAUACGGAUAUACUGUUCACUGAACAAGAGAGAGGAGUCGGGAUCAAGAGCACACCAGUGACCAUUGUUCUCCCAGACACAAAGGGCAAAUCAUUUCUCUUCAACGUCAUGGACACUCCAGGUCAUGUAAACUUCUCCGAUGAGGUCACAGCAGGUCUUCGCAUUUCUGAUGGUGUGGUGCUGUUCAUUGAUGCCGCUGAGGGGGUAAUGCUCAACACCGAACGGUUGAUCAAGCAUGCAGUGCAAGAGAGGUUGGCAGUGACUGUGUGUAUUAACAAGAUUGACCGGCUGAUACUGGAACUGAAGCUGCCUCCUACUGACGCCUAUUACAAGUUGCGGCACAUAGUGGAUGAAGUCAACGGCUUGAUCAGCAUGUAUUCUACAGAUGAGAACCUGAUUCUUUCACCAUUGCUGGGCAACGUCUGUUUUUCCAGCUCCCAGUACAGCAUCUGUUUCACACUGGGUUCCUUCGCUAAGAUAUAUGCUGACAUGUAUGGAGACAUCAAUUACCAGGAGUUUGCCAAGCGGCUUUGGGGAGACAUAUACUUUAACCCUAAAACGAGAAAGUUCACCAAAAAAGCCCCGACCAGCAGUUCCCAGAGGAGCUUCGUGGAAUUCAUCCUUGAGCCUCUCUACAAAAUCCUGGCUCAGGUGGUUGGGGAUGUAGACACCACCCUCCCUAGGACUCUGGAUGAACUGGGGAUCCACCUGACUAAAGAGGAGCUGAAACUCAACAUUCGCCCUCUCCUGAGGCUCGUCUGCAAGAAAUUUUUUGGGGAAUUCACAGGCUUUGUGGAUAUGUGUGUGCAGCACAUCCCAUCCCCAAAAGCAGGAGCAAAGACCAAGAUUGAGCACACCUAUACGGGCGGCGUGGACUCUGACCUGGGCGAGGCCAUGAGUGAAUGCGACCCUGAUGGCCCACUUAUGUGUCACACCACGAAGAUGUACAGCACGGAUGACGGGGUCCAGUUCCAUGCUUUUGGCAGGGUACUGAGCGGGACCAUCCAUGCAGGGCAGCCCGUCAAGGUCCUCGGAGAAAACUACACACUGGAAGAUGAGGAGGACUCGCAGAUCUGCACGGUGGGACGCCUCUGGAUCUCAGUGGCCAGGUACCACAUCGAGGUCAACAGGGUCCCUGCUGGCAACUGGGUGCUCAUCGAAGGAGUGGACCAGCCUAUUGUGAAGACCGCCACUAUUACUGAGCCCAGGGGCAAUGAGGAGGCUCAGAUAUUCCGUCCUUUGAAGUUCAACACCACGUCUGUCAUCAAGAUAGCCGUGGAGCCUGUUAAUCCCUCUGAGCUCCCCAAGAUGCUGGAUGGCUUGCGGAAGGUCAACAAGAGCUAUCCGUCUCUCACCACCAAGGUGGAAGAAUCUGGGGAACACGUGAUCUUGGGCACUGGUGAGCUCUAUCUUGACUGUGUCAUGCACGACCUACGGAAAAUGUACUCUGAGAUUGACAUAAAGGUGGCUGAUCCUGUUGUCACUUUCUGCGAGACAGUUGUGGAAACCUCUUCCCUGAAGUGUUUUGCUGAGACACCCAAUAAGAAGAACAAGAUCACAAUGAUUGCUGAGCCUCUGGAAAAGGGUCUGGCUGAGGACAUUGAGAACGAAGUGGUGCAGAUAACAUGGAACAGGAAAAAGUUGGGUGAGUUUUUCCAGACCAAGUAUGACUGGGAUUUGCUGGCUGCCCGUUCCAUCUGGGCCUUUGGGCCAGAUGCUACUGGACCAAACAUCUUGGUAGAUGACACCCUACCCUCAGAGGUCGACAAGACCCUGUUGGGCUCUGUGAAGGACAGCAUCGUGCAGGGCUUCCAGUGGGGAACUAGGGAAGGGCCCCUCUGCGAUGAAUUGAUUCGCAAUGUAAAGUUCAAGAUCCUGGAUGCUGUGAUUGCGCAGGAGCCAUUGCAUCGGGGAGGUGGACAGAUCAUUCCAACAGCCAGGCGGGUGGUGUAUUCUGCUUUUCUCAUGGCCACACCACGGUUAAUGGAGCCAUAUUACUUUGUGGAGGUCCAGGCCCCUGCUGACUGCGUAUCGGCAGUAUACACGGUCCUGGCCAGGCGUAGAGGGCACGUGACUCAGGAUGCACCAAUCCCAGGCUCCCCUCUGUACACCAUCAAAGCUUUCAUCCCAGCUAUUGAUUCUUUUGGGUUUGAGACAGACCUCAGGACACACACCCAGGGACAAGCAUUCUCACUCUCAGUGUUCCACCACUGGCAAAUUGUGCCAGGUGACCCUUUGGACAAGAGUAUUGUGAUCCGCCCUCUUGAGCCCCAGCCAGCCCCUCACCUGGCCAGAGAAUUUAUGAUCAAGACCAGGCGCAGGAAGGGUCUAAGUGAGGACGUGAGCAUCAGCAAGUUCUUCGAUGACCCUAUGUUGCUGGAGCUGGCCAAACAGGAUGUUGUGCUGAACUACCCCAUGUGAUUGUGCUCAUUCAGAUUUCCUGGACUGCAGCGUUUUCCCAAGACAUUAUUCACCAUUGUCCUCCUUUCUCACCGAAUUCCUCCAAAUGAAGCGUUGCUGCAUAUCUAUCACUCUUGCAGCUCUCCUGUAGUCCAGGCAGCUUUUUGCCAUAACAAUUUUGUGUGGUAAGGACAGAGCAAACUGCUGUGUUGUUUCUUUCUGCCUCGUUCAGGCCAGGCUGCACAUUGUCAAGCAUAUUUUGAACCACCCAAGAACUUGCCUCUGGGAGUCAGAUUCAGUCUGUCAAGGGAUUGUGUCCUCUUAGCAGGGUCCAUGAAGCUGUUUUUGAAAAUAAAAGCAGCUUUUUAAAAACAAUAAUAAUAAUAAUCUUUUAUUCGUGGAUCCAUCCAUCCUUUUCCAAAACAGUAUUGGCAGGGCUGUGGAAAGGUUCUUAGUAAGUUGAAUCUUUCCCAUUCCAUCUAAAUUUUAGCUUCAUCCUAAAAGAAAGGAAUGUUAGGUGAGGUAGUGAUUCCUUGCUGCCAGAGCCCAGUGGCUCCUACUUGGAAGAUGAAGGGGAAGAAGAACCUACUCCAAAUAUGUAGCUUCUACAAGAGAGCACAUGCCAUACCCCACUAUAGGGUUCAGUUGGGGCCUGUGUGUGCCCCACUCUCCUCUCUUGUGCAGUUGCCGGUAUUCUGAAGCUUGACAAAUGCAUCUGGCUGGGCUUUUUGUGAGGGAGCAGAGAGGGGUGUAAAGACAAUAAAUAUUUUUACAUCUAUAAAA